AUGACUGCUCAAACUAAUGCUAGCAUUCCAAUAUCACUUACUGACAGUGAUAUAGCUUAUUUGACAAAUUGCUCUGAUGCUUCUUUGAAUUCAACCAUACUUUUAUCUCUAUUGCUUGGUAUAUACACAGGUAUUAUUGCUGUUACAAUGUGGAACAUCACUAUUAGCAAGUCUCAGCAUAUUGGACAAGCUAUGGUUGUGGUUAUUAUCAUCCUCUACAUUAUGACUAUCAUUGGUUUUGGCAUGACUUGGUCACUUCUUUCCUCUGAAUUUAUUUCUUAUGGGGAAAACAUGUGGACUAGAUAUCUGAAAGAUGUCACCAAUAAUAUUCUGGGAACAAUAGGAGUGGGUGUUACAGGCAUAAUUGGUGGUAUACUUGCUGACUCUAUUAUGAUUUGGCGUUGCUGGAUGAUUUGGGGAAAGCACUGGCUAGUCAUUGUACUUCCCAGCCUUUGUCUAAUAUGUGGUGUUGUGUUCAAAACUAUAACCAUGCACCUACUCUUUAUAUCUAACACUUGGCCUAGUUAUUUUUAUCUGAUGCUUUAUGCAUCAUUCACUCUGGCUACAACAUUAUGGUGCACUGCACUUAUCGUCUAUCGUAUUCUGAGUGUAGGACAAACAAACAAUGGAAUAAGGGGUGCACUCGGAAUCUACCGACAUAUUAUUGAAGUUCUAGUGGAAUCUUCUACUCUUUAUUCCAUAUGUUUGAUCCUCUAUGUGGCCAAUUUUGCUUGCAAUACCUGGGGAGAAGACUAUGUUGAAGUUAUAACAUUAAUUGCAAGAGGAAUUGCACCAACACUCCUUAUUGGACGUGUUGCUGCAGGCCAUGCUCGUCCUGAUGACUCAUGGGAGGGAAGCAUCAUGUCUUCUCUCCACUUUGGGCAAGGUCAAAGUCAGACAAGCAUCCAAGAAGAUUCUAUAAUCAGUAUCAAUCUUGAUAGUGAUCUUGAAGCUCAGGCUGAGCAAGUAGAUGAGCCUGAGGAUGCUCAGAGGGGCUCUCAGAGAGUGAAUAGUGAUGACACAGAGGCUCAGUUAGAGAAAAUAGAGAUUAUAUAG